CAAAAAAAAAUCGUUAUUGAUGGUUUCAGUGAAAUUGUAAAUUUUAUUUUAUUUUUCAUGCAAAAAAAGAAGAAAUUAACAACUUUAAACACACCGACAUUCAAUAUUUUAUAUACAAAAGUACAAUCAUUUAAAAAACAAAAUUUAUCAUUUUGAAAAAAAAAAAAAAUUGUUUUAUUAAUUUUUGAAAAUCUAACAAAACCUGCGAGAGAAAAAAAAAAACAAAACAUUUUUUUAUACAUAAAUAUACAGGGAAACUCUAGACAAAAACGACAUUCAGCUAACAUCACAAUCAGCACAGCAAGGAUAACAAACAAAAACAACAACAAAACAGGAUACACAGACAAUUCAGCUACAAUUCAGCAAUAAUUCAGCAAAAUUAGCAAACAUUUAUCUACAAAUGACGACGUUUCAAAACUAGAUCCAAGAAAAAAAAAAAAAGAAACUGGAGAUUUAAUUUAAUUUUUUGUUAGAAAGAGAGAGUUAGAAAAUUUUAAAUCAUGUAUGCAGCAGCAGGCGGUGCCUCAUUGGCAUCGCGACAAGCUCGUCAACGUCAACGGCAACAAAACAAAACCAAAGCAGCCCAAGCUAAAUUACAUCCAGCAUCAAAGGCGUUGGCAAUUCAAUUAGCUGCUGGUGUUCCAGCAGCAAGUCAUCAACAAUCCAGACAAUUUCAUCAGCUGCCCUCGACUUAUCUACGAACCCCACAGGCCCAGGCGCGCAAACUCAGUGCCAGCUAUACCGCACAAAGUAAACUCCUACUGCCAAUCGACGAAGGUGAUGGACAAUCGCUGCACACCCACCAUGUUCAUCGUCAUCACGAUUUCAUCGCAAGGACCUCAAAGCUGGUACACCGACAUUCGGGCAGCGGUGGGCCAACUUUCCACCAUUCACAUCUAACCAAAUCAGCCACGGCUACCCUACCGUUGGUGUCACAAAUGGACGCCACUCCACCGACUUCGCCACUUGUGGCAAAACCCAUAGAAGAAGAACAGCAGCAUCCAUCUGAUGGUGGACGCAUGCAAAUGCAAGUUCCACAAGACUCUAUCAUUGUCACACCCGCAACGCCAAUGGCGUCACCAGGUCAUGUAGCUCGCGACCCCACCACUACCUCGAGCAAUGAGGUUAAUAUAGCGCCACCUAUGGGCCAAUUGGAACGCAAGUGUAGUGUUUAUCGAAUGCGUCGCAGUGAUGCCUUCGAACAGGAUAUGGCGGACAAUGCAGCGAAUGCAGCACAACAAUUCGAACCGCUAUGCACCGAUGAGACUAGUCUGAUCUUUAAGGGUCUUCCAAAUGGUAGUGGCGGUCAUAAGUGGCAACCAUGUGCGUACUGUGAAGAGGGGAUAUGUGUUUGUGAACACAUUGAGUGCGCACAGGGUCGAGCAGCAUGGCUGGAGCGCGGCCGUCGUUGUAGCGUCCAGGACAACAAUCCAACUGCCUGCCAUCGAAGAUGGGUGAAACGGAAUCGAAUACAAGAUGCAUCUCUUGGUGGCUCAUCGGACGAUGAAGACUUUCUGGGCGUAUUAAGGGGACCUAGCACAUUUGCGAAUGCCUUCCUAUAUGUUGGAUUAGGCACAAUAGCACUUGGAUUAGUGAUAGCAUUCGUAGGAACCGGCGAAAAAGGGUUCAAAACUGUGGAAUUAAGACUUAUAGGACCUUCAUUAAUAGGUAUCGGAUUAAUAUGUUGCAUUUUACGAAUAUUAUUUUGUAUAUGUCCAUCGCAUUGCAUAUCGUCAAGCAAAAAAGCUCGUAAAAAGCAAGGCAAUAAAGUUGAUGCCGAUCAUACAACUUCAUUGUUGCGUGGCGAAUCGAAACGUGUAUCAAUAGCUAGGGGACCUAAUAAUGCACCGAAAUAUCCCAUCACACACAAAAGAAGUAAUAGCAAAAUGCUCAACGAAGGCAUGGAAGCACUUCGCCAAAUCGCCACAACAUCGUUAUUCAUGCAAAACGAGCAAAAACCUUCGAUGAAUCGUGUAGUUCCUAUCAUCAAAGAACCAGAAAAAACUGUGGAAGCACCAUUGGAAAUGAAAAAACUCGAAACUACGAAUGUUUGUGAAAUUAGCGACGACGAAGAAAAUGACGAAGAUGAAAAUACUUCAAUGGUAGUUGUGCCCAUCACUUCUACUACCAUAACCAACAACACCACCACCACCACCAGUAUUGUCAAUGAACGACCACCAUUAGUACGAACCUCGAGUAAAUUGUCGCGACAAAGACUGUCACUAAAUCAACAGCAACAACUUCAACAAAAGCAACAUUUAAUGACGCAAACGUCAAGUGAAUCCGGUGAUUUAUUAAUGGAAACGUCGCUAAUGGUUAUAAAUCCUACAAUAACAACUACAGCUGCUAUUGCCAGUGGUAGUAGCAGCAAAGGAAGUGUGACAAUACGACCACCGCCAUCACCAACGCAGACGACGACCACGACAGCGAUAGCGUCUACUUCAACGUCGAAAACAACGACUACGACGACGAUACCGUCAUCCUCGUCGCCGCCAAAAGCAUCGAAACAAAGACCACCCCCAUUAUCACAACCACCAGUGCUACCCUCGACCUCUUCGAAUACUCUAUCGCCGCCGCCAGCAGUACAAUCAAUGUCAUUGCAUGUCCAACAUUCACCACCAUUACAACAAACCAAUUUCGAUUUACCCCCAUCGACUCCUCACAAAUACACACGGGCAGUAGUUACAACAACAACAACAUCAGCGGCUUCUCCUUCCUCAUCGACAUCACUGUCACCUACGCCAGCGCCAUCUAUAACAACGACAGCAGCAAUAAUGACCCAAUACCAACAGCAACAACAACAACAACAACUCAAUGUCUUACCUGGCCAGGUAAUAGAAAAAGGAAAUCUACUGCUGUUGCCUACAUCGAAAUUGGCAACACCAUCACUGCCAGGAUGCAGCAGUAGCCCCAUCAGCAUCAGCAACAGCAGCAGCAUAGAGUCGAAAACACGUACAACGCCACAUUUGGCAACAGCGGCAACUAGUAGUAAUAAUAGUAGUAGUAGUAGUAUGCUAGGUAAUACACUGAUACCACCCCCACCAACGCCAUCGGCAGCAGCGUUAAACUUUGAACCCGAAUUACUCCUGAGUCCCGCUAAACUUGGACAGUAAAAAAAAUUGUAUUAUUUUUUCUUAAUUUUUUUUUUUAAUUUUGCUCCUAGUACCUCCUACUCCCCUACGAAACAAGAAAAAAAUUAACAUUUAAUAUUUUGAUUUUCAGGUAGAAAUAACAAUAUAAAAUGAAUAUAAACUAGCUAACGUGUGUUUGUGUAUAU